CCCUCUCCUCAAAGCCCUAAAAGCUAAGACACGCUCUGGUCUAAAUGCCACUGAGAUAAGGAAGACAACUGAUGAUUCCAUAUCUAAAGUCCUAGACUGGUUUAACCGAAGUUCUUAUGCAGAUGACAAUAAGUCAUCUCUCCAACAUCCCCAAGACAUAGAGCCCAAAGGAAAAACAGACUCAAAAUCACAGAUUGCUACUGCCUUGGUGACAGAUGACACUGGUCUAAAAGAAAAUGGGUCAAAGGCUCUAUUAUCUGCUGAAGUUGAAUUGACACCUAUGGGAUCUGAUUCAACGUUACAGGUAAAGGGAAAUAUGCUGUCUUCUGGAAAUUGCCAAGAUAACAAUGUGAAUCUAAAACCAAAAUCUAUUAAUUUGUCCCAACAAGGCAAAGAAGGUCCAGGCAUAUUGCAGCCAUUUGAAAUAUAUGGUCCAAAUCAAGGAAGCAAAGCUCUGGACUAUAGCCAAGGUUCAAAAAACACAGGAGAAAGAAGUGGGGUACUUCCCCCAACCAGUAACUAUUCCUACGGUGCUCUCAAAGGAUCUGAUGGAGAAGACCAAGUUCUAUGCAAUGUUAAGGAUGUUGGCAGUGAGGGAGAAGAAGAGCCUAAGCUUUGUGCUUAUGAAAAAAAUAAAGGAAACUCAGAAGUGAAUUUUGAUGCUUCAACCAUUGUCGAAGAACCAAGUUUGAAAGACAACUCGAAGGCAGAGACAGAGAGCCAAGGAGGGAAUACUUACAUCCCCAAAGCUUCUUUAGAGUCAGAGAAUAUUGAGUCACCACCUGGGGCUGCCAAUAACACAUCUCCUUGGAAGAAACUGGAGGUCCAGCUACAAGAAGCUGGUGAGGUUCCCAAGAACCAAGUGCAAAGAGAGAAAUACAAAAGAGUGAGUGAAAGAAUAUCCUUUUGGGAAGGUGAGAAAGCUGCUGCUAAGUUGACUCAUAAAGAACCCACAUCUUCAUGCAGUCAGGAACAACCUUCUGCUAAAGCAUAUCAGCCUAUGAAGUCUAUGGACAGUUUAUCUAUGGGCCAGAGUGAAUAUAAUCAAGUCACUGCCAAACGAGUGGUCCUAGAAGAGGAUGGCCAAGCAGCCCAUCUCUCCAGUUUUUAUUCCUCAAAUAAAUCUAAAGAGACCAGGCCCCAAAUAUCAGGUCCAUCCAAAAAUUACCCCUCAGCUGACCAAUCAAGUAAAGCGUCUCUGUUUCACAAUAAGAAAAGCGAACCUAUAAAAAGAUUGCCAGUGGCAGACAGUUUGCAUUAUGAAAGGGACAUUACCUUACCGGCCCUGCAACAUCCUGCAAAUGUUGGGAGUGAAAGACAUACUCCUUUGGAGGAAGACAGAUCUCUAAUUGGUGAAUCAAAUCUCAGCUUUAAAGUUAUGUCCCUAAAAGAAAGAACAGGUGAACCCAAUACAGAACAGGUUUAUAAUCACUCUCAAUUUGAGAAUUUGAGAAAGUUUUGGGACUUAGGAGCCAAUCCAAACAGUCAGGAUAAUGUUGAGAAGAAUCCUACGACAACAAGCCAAAAAAAUUCUGUGUCUUUUAAUAGCCAGAAACACAAAGAAUUCAGUGACAUUAAAUCAUCAGGGAAAAAUACCCAUGAAAUAGAGGCACUCCUAAGCCAAAAAAAAGUUCCGGCAAUAGAGGAAGUAGAGAAAUUAAAUUCAAAGUGCACACUCCAGGUGUUACCAGAUGAAACCACGUUUCCAUUGAGACCACCCAGAAAGUCCAGUCAUCAGUCGCCAGGAAAUGAGUCAUCAAAGGAAAACGUGGAAAAGAAUAUGGAAUGGUUCAUUACUCCAGUGUUCAAGAAAGAAAAGGAUUACUCAGACCAAGAGAUUCAAGAAUCUAUAGUGAAAACAACUGUUUUGUCUAAAGACUACAAAGACACUUUUAAUGACAGCUUACAGAAGCUGCUUGCAGAAGCUUCGACACCAGCAAUCCAACCUUCUGGUGGAAAAGUUCAUGGAAAACGAGUGCUUGAACCAAGUGUCUCUGAAAAUAUGACAUGGCCUCGAAAAACAGAUUUUGCCAAUACUGAGGAAGAAGCUAAAGCACCUAAGGAGAUCAUUAAUGAGCAUGUAGACAAAACAGUAGCUCCUCCAAAGGUCAAUCCAAACACUUUGACUGCUAGUCUAGACAAAUUCUUGAAGGAAGCAACUGGAACUUCAUCCUCUCCCAUGCAAACCAUGUUGGAAUCUGUUAGCACUAGGUUCAAUUCUGAGCCUGAAGAGAGUAGAGUUUUUGAAAAAGAGAUAGAACAGAGUUACCACACAUCAGCCUAUCAGAGAGAGGAAGAAACUUUGGGAAAUACGGCUCUCCCCCAGAAAGCUGAAAGUGGUUCAGAAGAAGAACCCAGUCCCGUUUUGAAAACUUUGGAAAAGCGUUCUGCUAGAAAAAUGCCUUCCAAAAGUCUAGAAGACAUUUCAUCAGAUUCAUCAAAUCAAGCAAAAGUAGAUACUCUGCCAGAAGAAUUAGUACGUAGUGCUGAAGAUGAUCAAAAAGCAGAUCAGGAACAAGAUACAAAUGAAUGCAUACCAGGAAUUUCCACAGUGCCUUCACAACCCGAUAAUCAGUUUUCCCACCCCGACAAACUCAAAAGGAUGAGCAAGUCUGUUCCAGCAUUUCUCCAAGAUGAGAGUGAUGACAGAGAAACAGAUACAGCGUCAGAAAGCAGUUACCAGCUCAGCAGACACAAGAAGAGCCCAAGCUCUUUAACCAAUCUUAGCAGCUCCUCUGGCAUGACGUCCUUGUCUUCUGUGAGUGGCAGUGUGAUGAGCGUUUAUAGUGGAGACUUCGGCAAUCUGGAAGUGAAAGGAAAUAUUCAGUUUGCCAUCGACUAUGUGGACUCACUGAAGGAGUUGCAUGUCUUUGUGGCCCAGUGUAAAGACUUAGCAGCGGCGGAUAUUAAAAAACAGCGUUCGGACCCAUAUGUAAAGACAUAUCUAUUACCAGACAAGGGCAAGAUGGGCAAGAAGAAAACACUUGUAGUGAAGAAAACUUUGAAUCCUGUGUAUAACGAGAUCUUGCGGUAUAAAGUCGAAAAGCAAAUCUUAAAGACACAGAAGCUGAACGUGUCUGUGUGGCAUCGGGAUACAUUUAAGCGCAAUAGCUUUCUAGGGGAAGUGGAACUUGAUUUGGAAACGUGGGACUGGGAGAACAAACAGAAUAAACAGCUGAAGUGGUACCCUCUGAAGCGGAAGACAGCACCAGUUGCUCUUGAAGCAGAAAACAGGGGUGAGAUGAAGUUAGCUCUCCAGUAUGUCCCCGAGCCAAUUCCUGGUAAAAAGCUUCCUACAACUGGAGAAGUGCACAUUUGGGUGAAGGAAUGCCUUGAUCUACCACUGCUAAGGGGCAACCAUCUAAAUUCUUUUGUUAAAUGUACUAUCCUUCCAGAUACCAGUAGGAAAAGUCGCCAGAAGACGAGAGCUGUAGGGAAAACCACCAACCCUGUCUUCAACCACACCAUGGUGUACGAUGGGUUCAGGCCUGAAGACCUGACAGAAGCCUGUGUAGAGCUUACCGUCUGGGACCAUUACAAGUUAACCAACCAGUUUUUGGGAGGCCUUCGGAUUGGCUUUGGAACAGGUAAAAGCUAUGGUACUGAAGUAGAUUGGAUGGACUCUACUUCAGAGGAAGUUGCUCUCUGGGAAAAGAUGGUAAAUUCCCCCAACACUUGGAUUGAAGCAACCUUGCCUCUCAGAAUGCUGUUGAUUGCCAAAAUUUCCAAAUGAACCCAAAAGUCUUCUCCUCUGAAAACUGCUGAACAGGUGGACUCUCAUCUUGAAAAUCUGACUGUGUGGACAGAGAUCAUCACCUAUCUAUUGCCACUAACAAAUGCUACACAGCACGUUGAAGUCAACCUGCAUGAUGUGCUUCUUUGGUUACAAGGCCCAAGAGAUUUAAAUAAUCACAAAAUGGGUAACUUAUUUGUGACUCCAACAGUAAAGAAGAUAGUUGAGAAAGCUAGGAAAAUUGAACUGUUGCUGCUGCUUCAAAGAAAAAGCUGCCCAAAAAAUAUUAAAUGUGGGGUGUGGGUUAACAAGCAGAAUUUUCUAGUUUGCCGUCAUGUGUUUCACAACACAGUCUGGAGCUACAGUUAGGAGGGUCUGCCACUUGAUCAUUGAAAGCCCUUGCAGGAACUGAAAACAAGUAAGUUGUGGAAAAGAGUGACAGAAAGAUACUCCGACGAGGGGGAGAAAAGGCAGAAUAUUUGUGAUGAUAAAGAAUUUGACCAUAAGAAAACUAUUUACUCUGCAAUCUCUAUUAAAAUGUGGAAUUCCAUGUUAGCGCCACGAGACUGAAUUUACUGCAUGUAUUUCUGCCUUGAGAAACUGCUUCCCUUUUCCCAGUGUUAAAACAGUCUCAAGUGUACUUUGGUGCCACCCACUGGCCAUAGGUGGAAUUCAGUUUUGGGCUCAAUUUUUCUCCUAAGAUAGGUCUCAAGCCUGUAUUUUGUAAUAGGUAUGUAAAAAAACCCCCCAAAACCUUGCAUAUAUAAGGUUUUGUUUUUCUUGUAACUCUACUAUAUAAAAGCAGCAUGAGAGUGGUCACAGGCAUGCUUUGCAAUAAAGUUUUAAUUAGAAUGUAAAUUGUUAAAUUAUACUGUACUUCUAUGUAUGUAUAAUUUUCAUAAAGUAUUUUAUAAAAAUCCUUAGAAUAAAUUAUAUGAUUUAAUC